CAAGCCCCGCUAAAGAAAUCAACCCGAAAGUCGGCGCAAAAGUCGGAGCAAAAGUCCGAGCAAAAGUCGGAGCAAAAGUCCGAGCAAAAGUCGGAGCAAAAGUCAGAGCAAAAGUCGGAGCAAAAGUCGGAGCAAGAGUCGGCGCAAAAGUCGGCGCAAAAGUCGGCGCAAAAGUCGGCGCAAAAGUCGGCGCAAAAGUCGGCGCAAAAGUCGGAGCAAAAGUCGGCGCAAAAGUCGGCACAAAAGUGGGCGCAAAAGUCGGCGCGAAAGUCGGCGCAAAAGUCGGCGCAAAAGUUGGCGCAAAAGUCGGCGUAA